UUUUCUUGUUAAUCGUGAACUCGCAGAGAGUAAAAACAGUGAAAAUGUUUACAAACAUGUCUCUUGGUUUGAAUUCUUCGUACUAUCCAAGUGUAGUCACCGAAUCUACACUAUCGGAUGGAUCCUUAGAAAAUGGAUUUGGGAACGCGACUAUGCCGCCUUACAUGUUGCCGGCUUACAUCAGGACGACCUCCAUGAUAGUUUGCAUCCUUGUCAUGGUGCUGGGAGUCGUCGGUAAUCUGAUGGUUCCGCUCGUCGUCUUCCGGGGCAAAGACAUGAGGAACAGCACGAACAUCUUCCUGGUCAACCUGAGCGUCGCUGAUCUCUGCGUGCUUCUCGUCUGCGCUCCGACUGUCUUAGUCGAAGUCAACUCCAGGCCGGAAAUUUGGGCACUGGGUGAACACAUGUGUAAAGCUGUUCCGUUUGUGGAGUUGACUGUGGCUCACGCCUCGGUCCUCACUAUUCUGGCCAUCAGUUUUGAGCGUUACUACGCAAUAUGCGAACCACUGAGAGCUGGGUACGUUUGUACAAAAGCCAGAGCUACUUGUCUGUGUUUUUUGGCCUGGGCAGCGGCAGCUCUUUGUACAAGUCCGAUAGUCUUCGUAACGAAGUAUGAAAAUAUGGCGGCGAUUUCUGCGGGCGUUGAAGUCAGCCGGGAAGAGAAGACGGUAGCGAUGUGCGAGACGCAGAUGAACUCGAGUGCGAAAGUAGCCUUCAUGCUAGUACUUACAAUCCUAUUUUUCGUUCUGCCGCUCUUCUUGCUGUUAGGCCUCUACCUGGUUAUAGUCCGUCACCUGGUAAAGGACUCGUCGACGACGAGCUCCUGCGGCGAAAGUUAUCAAGCCAGGGCGCGUCGGCAAGUCGUCCUGAUGCUACUCACAGUCGUCUUCAGCUUCUUCGUCUGCCUCGCGCCCUUCCGGCUUCUCACCCUAUUCGUCGUCCUCUCACCCGACGGCGCCCUCGACUUGGGAAUGGAGGCCUACUACAACCUCCUCUACUUCGGCAGGAUAAUGUUCUAUCUGAACAGCGCCAUAAACCCGAUACUCUACAACCUGAUGAGCAGCCGCUUCAGGAUUGGGUUCCUUAAACUAUGCGGUAUACGGAAACCCAGACGCGUUGAGAGCAACACCUUCAGGAGUACCGUCACUGCGAGCAGGCCCUCGAGGUGGGCCACGAGGAAGGAAGGACAUCACGAGAACGUUGUUUAGACAAGGAAGUUUCUCUCAGUGUAGUCGAUUUUUAAAACUAUGCUCGAAUAUGUCGAAAACUAAGCAUUGAAUUGAAAAGUAUUUUCGGUCAAAAAUUUUAGUAUACGAAGGAGGUCGGCGGAUGAGCGUCGCAGUUUUUGGAUCCGGGGCCUCUGCCGGGCCCAUCGAGGCCCAACUUUUAUUCAUCGAACUGAACCGUCUAUCUUUUAUUGCAUUUUCUUAUUUCUCGUUUAAAAGUGAGUAAAUUUUACUCUUGGUUAUUUUUUUGGUUCUCGUCUUCGAACUGGCCCGAAACAUUACUCGAAGUUUUGUCGCGAAAAGAGCGGCGAUACUGUCGAACCUUCGGACUUCAAGUUUAACCAUAAAUCUUGAUUCUUUAUUCACAAUUGAUGCAAUUUUUGUACGCAACAAGCUAAUUUUUAUGCGAUUAGCUAAAUUUUUUUUUUUUUUUUUUUCUCAUCGAAUUUCCCGUAUUAUUAGUAAACAAAGUAUGUACGCUUAGGAGGAUCGUUUGAUACACACGCGAUGUGACAAUAUCACAUUGCGACAAUUUUUCUGGUGCUCGAAUUGUGUAUUAAAAUAUAAUUAUUACAUAAGCCUGUCUUACUAUUCGUAUAAAUAAUAUAUCGUAUAAAACUAGUUCCAAUAUUAUCGGUCUUACUCAAGAUUUUCACCACUUUAAGGGCGUUGCUUGUCCUGCUUGUUGUAUACCGAAAAUCGUGCGUUUUUUGGCGUGAGAAGAAUCGAUCGGAUAUCGAAUAUCCCCCCCGCCCCCGCCCCUCCCCCCCUCCCUUAAAUUUGUAUUACAAUAAUUUUCAACAAGCUGCAACAUUCAUCGCGUAUAAACCAAAUUUUCCAACCACUCGUAACUCUGACAAUUGUCAAUGCUUGAAGAUUAUUCGUUCGUAAAAAAAAAAAAAAAAAAAUUUCUAGCGUCGACAGUUUAUUGAAAAAAUUACUGAAAAAUGAUUCAGCCGUUCUUAUGAAAGAAAAAAAAUAAAUAAAUAAUAAUAACGAUGAAAUAAAACAAAAGAAAAAAUGCACACCCCCAGAGGAAAAUUACGCGAGUAUUAUGUCUCGCAAUUAAUAUUAGAAUAGGUGAAAAAAAAAAAAAAUUGUCACACGAAAAAUUAUCCCUGAGGGAAA